AUGGCGUGCUUGCAGGGGUCCGAGGGGUACUUGGAUGAGCUAAAACGGGAAACAGAAGACGGGUCCAGUGACCAGAUUGUGUACACAGAGACCCCUUUCUUUGACUGUUUUCGACCGUCACACGAGGUCUUUGACUUCUUGGACACGUUAGUGCAGCAGAAUCUGCAGUUCAUGACCAAGUUCGACAAUGUGUCAGUGACGUACGAAGGACGCGCGAUUCCAGGGUUUAGGAUCUCGACCACGUUAAAUGCCACGAAGGUAUCAUCGCCUGAAAAGAGGACACUCUACAUACAGGCGCUUCUCCAUGCUCGAGAGUGGCGAGCUAAGGCUGCGACGCUCUACGCGAUGGCCUCGAUGCUAGAUGACUUGCGAGCUGGAGAAGAGGCUGCUCUCCGUAUGUUUGACAAGUUGGACUGGUACUUCGUGCCAAUUGUCAAUGUCCAUGGCCACAAAGUUGACGUGGAUCUGAAUCGAAAUUGGCCACCUGAAGACUAUUUCAGCCACGACCCGAGCAUCGUGAAUGGCGAAACGUAUUCUGGCGCAUAUCCGCUCAGUGAACAGUCUGCUGCUGGUCUCUUUCACUUCAUCACGAGUUUGAAGUCACUGGGUGGUAUGUCGGACAUGCACGCGUUUGGUGGUCAAGUGCUGCGUCCAUUAGCAACUAACCAGGUGGCGGAGACGAACCAUUUGGCUCGAGGAUGCAAACACUAG